CAAAUAACCUUUAGUUGUUGUUUUUAUAACUGCUGCCACAUAGAAGGUCGGAAAAGCAUUUUUAGGAUUUUGGGGAUUUUUUAUAUUACUGGGAGGAAUCAAAGGAUUUGAGGAUUAGCUUCAAUCUAGAAUCGACGAAUAUAUCUAAGUGAUUUCUAUAAAAAUUUUAGGAAAACUAAAUAAUAUAAAUAAUGGCGCCACAACAAAAGGGAAAACAAGGCACUAAGGGAGCCAAACAAAUUGUGGAAGAAAACAAGUCGACUUUAGUCUUCUAUAGAAAUAUGGCUUUCGGGUGUGCUGCCGCAUCCUUGUUAGUCAAUUUUCUACUUUUCGAAAUAAGCAAAGCGACAGUGAUUAUGAGCAUACUUUCGAUAAUAGCCUUGGGGGCAGCAUACCAGUUUAUGGCGUUCAUGUCAAAGGCUAAAUAUUCCGAAACUGGAGCUUUAUUGGACUCGGGAAAUGAUUUAAAUAUGGAAGGUGGCAUAGCGGAGAAUGUAAAGGACUUGAUCAUCCUAACCUCUGGUACUAUGCUGUUAUCUAUUUUAUCGAAUUAUUUCUGGUUCCUGCUACUGUUGGCCCCUUGCCGGGCUGUGUAUAUGUUGUGGGGAAGUGUUAUCAAACCCUGGUUGGCCCAGAAAAAUGAGACUGAAGAACCUGAAAUCAAUGAAAAGAAACAACGAAAAAUGGAACGCAGAAUGCGUCGCCAAAGAUGAAACAAAUAUGUAGCGUUGCUUCUCUAGGUGUAGUUCAAAAACCAUGCUGUAAUUUAUUUUAUUGCAGUUUUAUUUGCUGCCAUUUGUUAUGUUUCGCUGGCUAACAGCAAAAUAUUUUAGAGGCUUUGUACGAAUAGUGUAUCAACCCCUUAUAUUCCUCUAAAAAGUUAUUGGUCAAAAGCAAGGAAUUGUAUGAAAAAAUAUUUAUAUUUUAUUUGUUUCGGG